CGCCUCUCUGACGUCACCAGCGCGCGCCUGGUCGCGACCAUCCACCUGCGGCGGGUCUGCAAGCUCCAGCCCGUCCGCGUGCUGUCCGGUGGCCGCUGAUCGUCCAGGCCCGCGGGGGCCCCGGCUCUGCGGCAUGUCGAUGCUGGCCGAGCGCCGGAGGAAGCAGAAGUGGGCGGUGGACCCACAGAACACAGCCUGGAGCAAUGAUGAGUCCAAGUUUGGCCAGAGGAUGCUGGAGAAGAUGGGGUGGUCGAAAGGAAAGGGCCUGGGCGCACAGGAGCAGGGCGCCACGGAGCACAUCAGGGUCCGGGUGAAGAACAACAACCUGGGCCUGGGCGCUACCGUCAACAACGAGGACAACUGGAUUGCUCAUCAGGAUGAUUUUAACCAGCUGCUGGCCGCACUGAACUCUCAUCACAGGCAGGAAGCUGCAGAUGCCUCGGAACGCAAGGGAAAGAAAUCUUUCAGCCUUGAGGAAAAGUCCAGAAUCUCCAGAAGCCGUGUGCAUUACAUGAAGUUCACCAAAGGGAAGGACCUGUCGUCUCGGAGCACCACAGAUCUCGACUGCAUUUUUGGGAAAAGGCACAGAAAGAAGACCCCAGAGGAUGACCCCCCCACGGCCACUCCAGAUGCCUCGGGCACCACCACCAGCACCAUCAGCAUCCACGAGUACUUCGCUCAGCGCAUGGCUGCACUGAAGGGCAAAGCCCUGCCCUCAGGGGCAGGACCAGACCCCCCAGAGGCCCCCGUGGUAGGAAAAGGGGCCAAGAAAAGGAAGAAAGAGGCCAAGGACAGAUGUGUGGGCCUGACGGAGCAGCCCGAGGCCAAGGAGCAGAGCCACGAUCUCCAGGACGAGAACACCGCCGGCCCCGCCGUGGAGGCAGACAGCUGGACGCAGCCACUGGAAGACACGGACGAGGACACACAUGAGCCCCCAAAAAUCAAGAAAAGGAAAGGAAAGAAGCAGCUUCUGCAGCAGGUGCAGGCCGUGGAGGAGACACCGUCAGGCGACACAGCAGUGAAGAAGAAGAAGAAGAAAAAGAAGAAGAAAAGUUCCCUGGAAAUUCCCUAACUCCGUGCCCUGCACUUCCCUCCAGGGACAGUCCACAGGCAAGACCAGGGACAGGGCCACAGGGAGAGGGCAGGAGUUGCCAGUGUGUCCUCACUGGCCAAGCGGAGGAAACGGGGCAUUCCAGCAGACUCAGACAGGCACAUGCUGAGGGAUGCGGCGGCUCCAUGCUGUGCCUGUUCCCCUCAUACUGCCGGCGUCCUCUCUCUUGGCCUGGCCAGCAUCCACUCGUGGCCCAGGGGCUGUCCACUCGACAUGGGGGCCGUCUACUCCCUAGGCCUGGCAGGUGUCUACCUUCUCUGCCUGGCCAGCUUGGCGGGCACUCACUCUCUCAGCCCGGCCAGCACCCACUCUCGGCCCGGGGGCUGUCCACUCUCUCAACCUGGGAGCCGUCUACUCUCUCGCUGGGGGGCCAUCUACUCCCUCGGCCUGGCAGGUGUCUAUUCUCUCGGCCCGGCCGGUGUCCACUCUCAGCCCGGUACCCACUCUCUUAGCCUGGCCAUGCCUACUCUCGGCCCAACUUGUCACCGGCAGGAACCUGCUUCCUGCGGAAGGCCUUGCCCUCAUUAAAGGAUUAAGAUGCCAGCGUUUGGA